AUGGUACGACCGCACACUCGGUUGCUUUUGCAGCAACCAAGACGACGGUUUACAACUGGAAAUGUGUUGACACAGCAAUUGGUGCGCAGCAUCUAUCCCGCAGAUCUGAAACUACUAGCCCGUGACCCAUCACCAUCUGAACUGCUUCGAUUUGCUUUGAGGGAUUCAACUGAGCCAGUCCAUGACUCAAAUGCUAAUGAGGCCUUGUCUGGGUAUCUCCGUGAACUUUUUGUUCCGCAAUGGAACUUUAAUACUCCACCUCCCCCGUUGUGGGCCUCCCUCAGAGGGCUUACCUCGCGGAACCAAGAGCUAUUGGAGGGUGUCAAUAGUAAGAUGACCGAUGUCUCAUCCUUGCGGAGCUUAAUUGAGAGAUAUGUCAAUGAUAAACAUGGAGCGGAGCUUUUGCAGGAUCAAGAUUGUUUGCUGCUAAAUAACGCCCUGCAAAACUGUCAACGGAAAAAUACAUCCGCAGAAAUCCUAUCGGUGCUCAGUGACUUGUGUACAAGACUGAAGCGUCUCCAACUUCCCAUCAAGCCUGGUAUAUAUUCUACAGCAUUAUAUUUUGCAUCUCUUGAUCUUUCAACGUCAUACCUGAAGCACUUUUUGAAUGACUACCACCACAUGGGCUUUCCAGCCCUAGGUCUCGAGGAUAGUCUGCAGAUAGUCCAAUAUUGCUCUGAGGCAAUUGAUUGCAAAGCCUUUGAGGAUCCAUACUACGACCUGGAUCCCAUUCUUUCUAAGAUCACAGGAGAGGGAGAACUCAUGUCCCGACAUCACAGUUUGCAUGAUAUCUUGUUCUGGACGCAAUCCGCUGAUCAAAUUGGCAAACGAUUUGAUUUCAGAACCAAGGCCCAGGAAUAUAUGUGCCUACUGGCUAGGACUGAGAAUUAUGAGGUGCUUCACAUGUGCUGGAGUCAUUUCUUGAAGAACAUUCAGCCUGAAAUCUAUCACAGCUGCAUCGCUGCCUAUCAGGUAGUGCUGGCUCUGGUCCAAAAUGCUAGAUCCCAAACAGCAGCGAGAUGGUUGGAAGAUAUCUCUCAACAUUGUGGUGAUAACUUGCCAUUCAUUGCCAAGUUCCCGAAUCUUCAAUUCCUCCUUGGUGAUUCUAUUGUGGGCGAGGCACUACCUGACCUAGUAAGAGGAGAGGACUACCUGGAGCUACUUCAAGUUUGCCUUGAUGACAUAGAGCAAAGGAUGGGUGUUCAAUGGAGCCCUGAGAGUCAGCGUCAUCUCAGUAUUGCCUUAGACCCGUUAGAUACAAACUGGGCAGCAUUCGAGGACCAUACGUCGCCCGAAAUCGGUAACAACCCCAUUGGGUCUGAUCAUGGACAACUGUACGCUGAGCUUUGCGUUCAUGGCUGCUCUAAAUCUCCGGCUUCACUGAGCAGGAUCACAGAUCUGUUGAAUGACUUCGACGGACAGCCUCAGAAUAUUGUCCCUUGGCUCGAUUACAACCCGGCAAGGCUGAACGAAUUUCGGUCGAAUUUCGAAUUGCUCGAGCUCCGAUGGGUGCCGGCACACUCACCGAUCGAAUUUUCUGACUCCCAGAUUCCGGCGCUGCGUGAUUUCUCUGAGCCUAUGACGCCAUCUACCCUAGGCCUUAUCCGAGCUCGUUUGAUCAUUCAUGGAGUUCCUCAAAUGGGGAUCAACAACUUACAUUUGAUGCAACUCGGCUGCAUGGAUAUGCGGUAUGGUCCGGACCAACCAUGGCAACCAUCCGGAUAUAUUGUGGUCUGGGAUCGUCAUUUCGGGCAGCUCCUCGGGCUUUAUGUCGGGCAGAACACCGGAGUCAUUGAUUGUGGACCUGCGCCUUCAGAUGGUCCUCUGGGUGCCUUGAUGCAUCUCACGAUUCCAGCCAAUGACGAGCGAACAAUAUAUCCUAGUGGUAUACGGCCUCACUCUCGAAAUUGCUGGGGACCGUACUAUCUCGAUGUGGAUCCCAGUGCAGAUCUAGAGUAUUGA